AUGGGGCAGUGCUUCAGUGAUGAAAGCCUUGAAUAGCCGGGCUUCAAAACGUGCCUGCCUGUCUGCUGACAGGGGGUAGCUGGUCCCAGAGCCCAGAAUUAAGCUUCUCUGUUUGCCAUUCUGUGAGGCGAGGGGCUGGAAGGAAAGGGAAAACUGCUAAAAUGGGUCCUGUCAGCAGCUGGACAGGGAGGGGUUGGGAAUCAGCUUGUGUAUUUAUUUAUGAGCACAUUCACAGUUUGGAGCAAUUGGCAACCACACAAGGUCCAGAUUUCACAGGUGAUUUGUUCUUCAGAAAGGAGCUUCCUCUUCUUGACUGCUUUGUCUUUUGGUCUGCCAAAUGGAAAUACACAAAAUGGAUGAAGUAUACAAGAUCUCUUCUACUGAGAAGGUCCAGCAGCUGGAAAGAGAACUAGCAGGACAGCUGGCAGAGCUGAAGGCACAAAUAGAAGACAACGGGGUACUCCAGGGAACACCAAGCAGAGCAUACAGCUCUGUUCCAGUUCCAAAGGAUGUAACUUAUUUCAGAAAAGAAAGGGAGAUAAUACUGAAAAAAGUCUUACAGGUGACAGAGGCAAAACCCCUUGUUAUUCAGGCUGAUGUCAUGCAGAGGGAGUUAGAGAGCUGCUGGAGAAGGGAGUACACAGCAGCAAGCUUGCCUCUGCUGCUGCACCAGUUUUUUACAGACAGAAUCACUCAGCUAGUCCAGAGUAAAUAUUUGCACAUGCUUAGAUGGAAGAGAUUUUGUACUCACAGCAGUGUUAUCGAGAAGCUUUAUCCUCUCUAUCAGCAGCGAGUUAGUCACAUCAUGGAGGAAUACAAUGAUGCAGUUCAGAGGGCUGCAAGACUUUCAGCUGCAAGGGAGAAUUUCCUGACAGGAAAGAAAAAUCCAGUGAAUGUAGUAACACAGGAAGAUCUGAUGAUUUACACUCAGUGGUUAGUGUGCCACUUACGCUCUCUGAAGGGCAUUCACCGUUUUCUCCAGAUUCUCCAGCAUUUGCCUUCUUCUCGUAGACUGAAUGUGGUUGAUGAGAAAUGUCCUGAUGUGAUCCCAGACAACUGGGACAAAUUAAGUGCUUUUGACAAGAAUUCAGAAUCCUGCCACAAGGACACUGGAUUCACUUUGCCACAGCACAGCACUGAAACUGAGGAGCUGAGACCCCAACUCCAGCUUCUGAUGGCUCACUUUGGUAUUGACUACAACCUUGAGGAUCUCAAGAACCCAGCCAAUGAGAUGGAGCUCUUUUCCCUGGUUGUCAAAAAAUUUAGAAGCAUCUUCUGCAAACAGCAGACAAUGAGAACAUUUCCAGUUUAUGGCACAGAGGCUUCUAGAUCAGAUAAAUGGGGCAUGUUAGAUCCAGCCAGGGCUUUGAAGAAGAGAGCCAAUUGGAUUCCCUUUUUAAAGAUUAAGCCUAAAGUAGAUCCCUGGCAGCAAAAGCUUUUGAUAAAACUAAAACAAUGGAAAAAAGCAGAUAAGAUGAUGGACCUUCAUUCAAAAUUUGUAGAGGUCUCGGACAUGGAGAGGGUGAUGGAGGGUCUCCAGAAUCAUGCAGCAGUGGUGCUCAAACAACAUCCUUUGUGGUCAAGUUCUGCCACUGCCACUCCUCAUGCCUCAGGACAGCUGAGUUACGAUCAUAUCUGGAAGGAAGUCUAUGCCUUCACUGAACAUCACCAGGAACUAAGUACUGAGGAUGAUCACACAGCAGUGGCUCACAGUGAGGAGGAUGUAGAAAACACCAGCUCCAGUAAGCCCCCAGGAUCCUACAGAAAGAGGAACGAAAGGGGGUAUAGUUAUAUGAGCACCUUGCAGCUGCUAGGAUUGGAAGAAGGAACAACAAUUGCCAACAAGGAGCAUGUGGUGACAAGAGGAACCUACCUGUCCUUUCUUCUCCUACGUCACCUGAGGCUCCGAGAGCUAAAGCGAGUAUGCCUGGGGAUCCUGAACUACUUCAGGUCUGUGGAGAGAAGUCUGACCAUCAGUACCUCAGGCCUCUCCUUCAAGGCUGGUCAUCUAACUGCCAGUGCAGAAGACACCUCCUGGGUCAGUGCUGCCAAAGGAGGCACUGGUGUUUCUGGUGGUUUGCGCUCUCAGCCCUAUAUUCACUACACGCCAGCUGACUACAAGGUCCAUAGUGCUCAGUUCAUGGAGUUUGCAGAGGUGGAAAACCAUGACGACUUUCACACUCGUGAAGAUGGAUAUAUUCACACACAGGACCAGAGUGGGGCUUACAUCAUAUAUGAUGUGGCUUUAGAGGACCUGAAAGAGCUUGAGAACCAGCUGCUGCUUGUGGCCAGUCAGUACAUUGAGAAAGAUAAAAGCAAUGUAAUUUGUGGGAAGUAUGGUGGCAGCAAAACCCUUGGCUGGGCACAUGCCUCCGUGGAUCGAUUUGCUGUGUUGCUUGACCUCUGGACCUGUGAAACUGUUCUCUUGGAAAAAAAAUGCCAGCUUUUAGAUGUUUACUUUGAAGCUUACCAACAUGCUUUGGACCCAGAGGAAAGAUUUGCUUUGGCUCAAGCAAUAACUGAUAUCAUGCAUAAACAUCCGCGGUUUGAUCUCAAGCUUGAGUAUUUUGUGAACACCUACAAAGUUGAAUGCAUCUGUUUACAACUUCAUCACCAGCUGCUGAGGGACAUAGUAAACCAGCAAAUAGAUGUUCAGAGGGACUAUGUCCACAAGAUUUGGCGGAAAGGUCAGAAAGGUGGCAUCAGUGAAUUUGGACUUCCUUAUAAUGUGAUUGCUAAGCAACUUAUCUCUCUUAACACUAGCCAUCCUACUUUGAAGAAUGUUUAUUUGCUGGAGUUUCACCCUUCUCUUGGUCUGGUGUGCUUGAUCCCCAAAGUUCUUGAGUAUGUCUACCGAGAAUUCUACAGUAUGUGUAGACCCAAAACUGCCAGUAAAGCAAUUAAUUUAGAAAAACAACUACUUCAGCUAGUACUUGAUGAGUGGCUGACUAUGGAAAAACCACAGUCUUUCUACAGCUCUCAGAUUCAAGAAGAUUUAUUUGCAGAGGUACUGAUAGAGGACCCCAUGCUGGUGCAAGAGAUUGCUUUAUCACUCUUAGAGAUGGGCACAGACAAAGAAAGAAUGGAAGGCAGAGGAAGGCAGUUCUUGAUGCUGGAUUCCUUCUCCACGCUCCUGGAGCUUGUCACACUCCGCCAUCGCUUGAUAGAAGUGGCAACAGAGAGUGCACAGUUAGCCAGGUUAUAUAAGGCUUUUGCAACUGAAACAGGUUUUGGGGAGUUCCAUUUGUAUCUGAGGCCAGCACACUUUGAAUCUGCAGUUCACAAGGAGAAAGCAGACCAUCUCCCACCAAUCUUCAUUACCUCUCUCCUGGAAGAUGACAGCUGUGUUGACAGAUAUAUCCCAUCUAGCUUACCAUUAAGCAUUCAAGAAAUCGACAGUCAUAUCGGAAAGUUUAGUUUUCGUACAAGAGAUGCUGUUAUGCAGCUCUUGUGUCCAUCUGGAAUAAAGAACAUGCAACUUAUCCUUGCCUGCCAGGUCAUUCAGAAAAAUGCUCUUUUGGCAGCUGUUCAGCAAGCCUCAUUUUGUUACCUGGUCCAGCCUACCCAUACCCUGGACAUAAAGGGAGGAAACGUAAGUCUUACAAGUCAGAGGAGUUCAGCAAGUGGAAGAAAUUCAGUGUCUGGAAGCCAAGCAGAGGAUCAGCUGCUGCCAGCAACUACGCCGAACACGUUGUUUUCUGGGCAUUCUUCAGGUUUACGCCGUGCCUUUCACAGGCCUCCUGAAGCUUUUAUUUCCAUUCAGCUGGAGAAACUGGGGCCCCGAAAUAUGAUGCUGAACACUUUCAUCCAAAAGAAGGAAAUGCUGGGCAGCAGAAUGCAAAACCCUGAUGAAGUUCUGGAACUCAAAAGAGACGUUAUUGCUGAAUAUUGUCUUAAGCUGAAUGAGCGUGUGUCCCAGCAUGCCCUGAGAGGUCAGCUCAUUGCAUACUACAAUAGCCUAAGAAGCCUCUUAAAUGAUUUUCCUGUCAUCAGAGACAAGUACUUUAUAAUUGGAGUCUCUCAAGGAAAAAAGGAGGAGCAAGACUUAAAGGAAAACCUUGUACCUGAUCCCAGAUGCUUCCAUCCUCGACCACACCAUUUGCUGUCUCCAGAUGGACUCACCUUCCUUAACCUGUGGUUCAUCCCUCACCCUGCUGAAGUGCUGAUUAUGUUCAAGAUGCUUCCAGAGAAGGCUGCUCUCAGAGCUCUCCACCUAAGCCUAGAAAUUGUCGGUGCAUUUCAUGACGUGGUUUCAUAUCUCCUGGCUUUUGCUCAAUUAGGAAAUUCACCAAACUCUUCUUGUGCCUUAAACCCAGAGCCUCUGACCUCAGACUGGGGAGGAACUGAAAGGAUUGGAAGUGAACUUCAAGAGAUACAGAAAAUGAUUGACAGCCUCCAGAAUCCACUAGAUCCCAGUGAAGUAGCCCAGCUGCUAGCUGCUCACAGAGAAGUGAUGUUUCUACAGUUUGAUGCAGCAAUCCGACAUCGACUACGGGAGACAUUUUUGUCCUCAGGGAAUGUUUCAGCCUACCAGAAUGUUACAGACAGGAUAUCCCAUGCGCUGCCUCCACUUAGUAACUCCAUGAUUCGGAGUGCAUUUUCUUCACAGCUAUGGCUCCCACAGUUUCUGGAUCCUCAAAGCUGCAGGACACUCAUGCAUUUUCCUUGGAGGACAUUCCUAAUGGAUGCAGGAUUGUUUCCAGUCACUAUCAACAACUCAAUUAAUGUAAAUUACAACAUGCAGCUGUGCCUUUGCAACCUGAGUGAUGCAGACCGAAAAGUUGCUCAUGGGGAGCUGACUGCAAUGCAGUUUCUAAUGGAGGAUGUCUUGCAGAACUGCUACAGCUGUGCUGUGGAAGAUCACACUGAUUGUCAAGCCUCAUUAGCUAAGAGCAAGCAGAACUUGGCAGAAAUGAUUGACACAAGUACUAACUGGUUGCAAAGCAGCAAAAAAAUGUGCAAACUAUUGCUGAGGCAUCAGGAUCCAAUCCUAUCAUGUAUCUUACUGAGAUCUUUCCUGAUACUGUGGAAGCAAGUGGAAAUGUUAAAGGCAGAAUGGGGCCGGCUGAAGCUGAGGACUGAGGAUAUAAAUACAGUUCCUCUCUACAAAGAGUUUUGUGAGCAAUAUGGCACGGACAUCUUGUACCCAGCCAUGAAAGCCAUAGCCAGACAAAUGGGCACAGAGGAGCACUUUGGAGGGCCUGUUACAAGCACUCAGCAUAUACUUCUCCCAAAAGGAGCAUCAGAAAUUGAAAUCAAAGUGUAUCAGCUUCAAAAGCUCCUAGAAAGCCUGGAAAUCCACAUGAUCCAUGAUGUGCAGAAGAAGAUUAAACUAGAGAUGACUCUGGUGACAUCUGAAAGAGCCAGACAAGAGAGCAGCCUCCCCACUGAGCUCUGGAAACACAGGGUAAUGCAAGAAAAUUUCUCAGUUGUACGACCACAGAUAGUUGAAACAUUUGUUCAAAGCCUGAUGGAAAACUACCAAGAAUCAGAUACAGAGGUUACUUUUAAAAAAAGCCAUUUACAACAGUGUCUUACUGUACUGGGCUGUGACAUCAUGGCGAGAGAACGCAGCAACUUUGAGACCUACUCCAUGUUUUAUGAAAAUAUUCUCCAGCAACUGCAUCAUCUACUUUACCAAAAAGAACAAGAGCUGCAUGCGGUGGAAGAAGGUGGCAACCAAGGUGAUAUGGCUCUGAUGCAGAUUGCAGGGCUGAGUCAUGGAAUGAUUAUGGAAAUAACUGCUCUCAGAGCCCAGGUCGUUGACUUAGAGGAAGAAAAUCUCAGUCUCAAAGAGAAGAUAAGGAAAGAAGUACGGGAUGAAUACGAAUCAUUAGUGCAGAACCUAUUUGUGACUUGUGUCCAUCUAAAAGGGAAGUUGGAUGUCUAUCGACUUAGCAUUGAGCAACGAGUGCUUGAAAUCGUCAGUGAAGUGAGAAGGGAAGGAGUUGACAAUAUGAUUGAUCUGAAGAAAAAGUUUGGCUCCUCUGAAAAUAAUGCUGACUUGAAAGAAUACUUGUCUCAACAGGAACAGCUGCAGCUCUUGCAGGAAGAAAAUAUCAGGCUAAGCAAGCUGGUGUGCAAGCUGAAGGCUCUGAACUGUUGGAAGCAAACCACUCAGAAGGCACGGCUCUCUGCAAAACUGAAAGAUGCUGAGAAGGAAGCUGUUCAAAACAAAAAAGAGUGUCUGAAUGCUAAGAUGAUGGCAGAACAAGAGGUGACUUCAUUUGAGGGUCAGCUCACGUCCAUAAGGAAAGCUCUUGUAAAAUCUCAAGCAGAAAACAACAAGCUAAAGAAACUGCUACAUAAACAGAAACAAAUGCUGUUGGAAAUGGGACAUCAGAUAACACAAGAAGCCAGGAAGAGAGAAAUUCUCAGUGCGAUGAAAGCUGAAAAUGUGGAGAAGAUGCUUGAAGAAAUGGAAGAAGAAGAGCAGAGACUGGAAUGCCUGACCAAGGGAGCUGAAAAGUCUUCUAAAAUAGGCCAACUUCAACAAAAAAGGAUCAAAAAAGAAAUGCAGGAGAUGGGAAGCCAGUUAACCCAAGAGUGCAGUUUCAAACUAGAGACCUUCCAGCACGUUGAUGAACUACCUGUUUAUGGCCUGGAAGCUUCCCAGAGGAAUGUGACUGCAGGUUCUGCAGCUCAGGUCCGGAGUAACAGGCCUCCAGCAUCCACUCCGCUUGCGGAUUACAAGUGGUGCCCUUCAAAUCCUGACCCAAGAAGCAGCACCUUAAAAAGAAGAAACACUCAAAGACCAAAGACAGUACCUAGCAGAUGGAAGGAGAGCACGGCAGAGAGGCCAUUACCACACCUAAAUGAAAAGUCUCUUCCUACUGCCUUCCUGCAGCUACAGGAACAGAGGCUGGUCCAGAAGUAAGGCUAAAUAUAUAUAUUUUUAAUCAGUUUGGGGCAUUUCAGAAAUUACCUGAGUUGGCACCCUUGAAUUAAGAGAAGCCCCAGUUACACACAAAUCAAAGGGAGGCAGCAAUCCUCCAGUGAUGUGCACAUACACUUCAACACAUUUGGAUGCAGUGCUACCAGCUACAGCCAGUUAAUCCUCUAACUGGGUGAUGCAGAUCCUCCUGAGCAACAGCAGCACUGCAUGUCCUCCCUUGAUAGUCAGUGCAGCACAGCAAGGCAAGGAUACCAGUCAAAACUAACAGGGUUCCAUUUAUUGUGGUAACCUUGGAACACAGCGGUGCAAAGCACAGCUAAGUUCUCAGAGCAAAAGUGCUUUUAGUUAAACUGCUUCCCUAUUGCAACCAUUGAAUACCACCACAUCCUGCCUGACUGCUUUUACCCCCGGAGGUUGCUGCCUUUGCAGUAAACCUCUAAUGUUUAAAAAUGAAUCAUCGAAAAGUCAGCACCUCUACCUUCCCUAGCACCUUCUUCCCCUUCCCCCUAGAAAGGGGAAGGAGAGCAGCUCCUUGCA